AUGUCUUUUAUGAUAGAAAAUACAUCAACCAAUGAAAUAAACAAUAAAGACAGAGAACAUUUUCUUUCAUUAGAAGUGACUGAAGAUUAUAGCUUUAAGUAUAUACCUGAAAGUCAUUUUAAACACAUAGUAAAAAAUGUACAAAGGCAUAGACGCAAAGAGGAUGAGGAACGUAUCUGGGCAUCAUUCGUUAAAGAACAAGAGUUAAAUAAUUUGAGGUUUAACAAAAAGGAUGUUGACUACUCCGUUCAAAGUACAAAAGAUCUAUUGCAAGAAAAUAUACAAGAUGUAGAUAGAGAACUUAAAAGACUUGAAGAAGAUACUCUUCCUGAGUGUAACAAAGGAAUUCAAAAUUAUAAAUCUAAUAUUACGAACAAGAUGAUUUAUACAAAAAUAAACAGCAUAAAGAACAAUUCUUCAAAGGAGAAAAUGUUGACAAAGAAUAAAGGUACAUGCAGAACUAACAUUUUAGUUCCAAUUUCACAAGGCAAUAAUAUUUCUAUGUAUAAAGAAUCUGAAGAACAUAAAACAGUUUUCAGAUCUAAGACUAAAAAGUCUCUCUCAGAUACUUCUAUUAUAGAGAAGAAAUGUUAUACAAAUCAACUUCUUCACGCAACCAAUCAUUUUGAAAAUAAUUCUGAGACUGAUUCAAGUAAUAACAAAGAUGAUGUUGUUUAUGUACAACCAGAUCCAGUUACAAUACAAAAACUUUUAUUAAUGCAAAAGAAAGUUGCUGAAUUAUUAGAUGAAAUUUCAUUUAGAUUAUGCAGAAUUCCUUUACCGGAUGGUGAUAAUGAUUUGAAAAGAAGACAACAACAAACACUGGAAUUUGCUAUAAGAUUUUCAAGAAAUUAUUUAUACAAUCUUAAUAGACUUGUUACAAGCAUUCAAAGACAUAUAAAAGCUGUAUCUUCCAGAUCAGGAUUAAAACAAUGUUAUAAAAAUAUUGCAUUUCACCAAGAUAUGGUUAAACAAAAAUUGAUUGCUGCUCAUCAAUUAUUAAUACGAGCUCUAAGUGCUUAUUAUAAACAUAUUCCUAACUCUAUUCUUGAAGGCCAUUCUACAAAACUUCAGGAUGUGUUACAAAUUGUCUGUAACUUGAUAAAUAUUUGUAAUAAAGUUGAGAUCUCCACUAAUUAUUUUUGUUCUGGAGAUGCCACUAUCAUACCAUUGUUUAUUUAAAGUCUUCAAGAUAAAUGUGAUGUUAUUUUAUCUACAUUAAAGUUAAAUUUAGAAAGCAAACAUGGAUCCACAAAUUACAAAAAUGUUCAAUCUAUAGUAACCACAGCUCCACUAUCCUUACCUAAUAAAAGACAUUCCAAUCGAAAGAAUUUAUCUGGUCGAUUAAGUAUGUAUAGUAUGGAUGUUAAAGUAUCUAAUGGUAAACAGAAAAGAAGAACUGAUAUAAGAAGAAAAAAUUCUACUUACCAGAAAGAAAAUGGAAAUAAUACUAAGGAUAUUAAACAUUUGUAUACACAGGAUUAUUCAUUACCAGAAUUACUCUAUCCUAGUCCUAUAACGCGUACAUCAUCUUCUAGAGAGAUUGCUCAGAUUGAUCCUAUAAAAAAUAUAAAUUAUUCAAAAGAAGAUGACAUUCAAACUAUGAUGGAUGGAUUAGUAAUAGAUUCUGACAAUGAUAGCAAUAUAGAAAUUCAAACGAAACAUAAAUCAGCAAUGAACAGUGAACCCAUAACAAUACAAAAAAAUGCGUAUACAAAGGUACAUAAAUCAAAAGAUAUAGAAAGCAAAGGGGUAAAUAUUAAAAUAGAAAAUGUUACUAACAAAAAUGAUUUGGUUAAGAAAGUCAGUACAAUUCCUAAGGAACAUUUGGCUACUCUAGCUCCUGUAAUAAAUGAUUUAGUAACUCUUGUAUCAAAAGAGCAAAAUAAACUUGACAUGCCAACCGUUUCUGAAACACCUGUAGAAACAUUAAAAGAAUUUUUACAAAAAUAUGAAUUUCCUAAAGACUCUGAUACUAAAGUACUUUUAGCAAAAGAUAAUUAUGAACAAUCACUUAGGUAAAUAGAACACUAUAGUACAAAUAGCUUACCUGAAAUUCAAAAAUGCGAUGACAAUGUACAAUUGAUUUGUAUAUCAUCAAUGGGAAAAAUUUCUAAAACGACCCAUUGUGAUGCUUCAUGUCAGGCAGAUUAUGAGAUUGCAUUAAAAAUUAUUGAUGAUAGUGUAAUUCUGGAUUCAAACAUCAAAAAUGAAAUACAGCUUGUUAUUUCAGAAGAAACUAAGUUACGAUUUUUAACGUACAGAUGUGAAUAUAAAAAACUAUGUCAAUCAAAUCCCAUGUAUUCCAGCAAUACACAAAACAAACCAUGGGAUAUAGUAGCAUGGAUCUCUGAUAAAUUGGUAGAAGAAUUAAUAAUUGAAAUAACAAAAGAGUUACAAAUGAGCGACAUAAUUAAGAAACUGUUUGAAAUGGAAUUUCAAGAAUUGUAACAACAUUUAUUUAUAUGGCAUUAAGACAGGAAAUCAUACAA